AUGGGUGCGGUGUCUCCCGCCCUGCGAUUAGCCGCGUCGCGAUUAAGACCGUUCAGCCGCCAGAUCAGUCUCGCCGUCGCGUUCCCGUUCAUCUGGAUGCUCGUCUCCUCCAUCACGCGCAACAACCUCGCCGGGAGCGAGCCGUUUGUUGAUUUGAUUCGAUAUAAGGCAGUGCCUAUAACGGGGAUAAAGAUCCCUGUGACGAUCGUCAACGACACAUUCGGAGGCUUAGCGGUGUGUCUGGACGGCACACCGCCCGGAUUCCACUUUCAGGCAGGGUCAGGCGAGGGAGCUGACAAGUGGGUCAUCUUUCUCGAGGGUGGCGCCUGGUGUGAUUCAGUCAACGAUUGCUACAACCGAUCGCUCACCAAGCUAGGAUCGUCCAAUCACAUGCAGCCAUACUCGUUCAUUGGCAUUCUCUCUCCCAACCCUGCGAUCAACCCUGAGUUCUUCAGUUGGAACCGUGUGGUGGUGCGCUACUGCGACGGCGCUUCGUUCUCUGGCAACAAGAGCUACCGCAUCAAAGUACCGGGGACCAACACGUUCAUCUUCUUCCGAGGCAAGCACAUCAUGCCGGCCAUUGUGAGCCAUCUCCUGCAGCACCACAACCUGCGGGCGGCAUCGCACGUCCUAUUCGGGGGAGGCUCAGCCGGUGCGCUGGCAGCCUUCCUGCACUGUGAUUGGUUCGCCAGAACAAUGCUGGAGGUGUCUCAACAACCAAACUCCUCCCUCUCUGCUUCUGCUCCUGCUGCUGAUGGCGCUACUGGUGGUACUGCUGGUGCUCCUGCUACUGCUGCUGCUGCUGCUUCUGCAUCCUCCCCAUCCUCCUCCUCCCCGCCACCCCCGGUGAUGAAGUGCAUGGGCGACGGGGGUGUGUUUCUGGACACCAAGGACGUGGGAGGGCAGCACGAGAUGAGGAAGCGCUUCUCAGCCGUCGUCAGGCUACAGGUAGGUAGCAGUGCUUCUUCUUGCAUUAUUCUUGAGCUGUCGCAAAAGUCCCUCUCUCUCCCCCACCCCCUUCUCCCCGCCCCCGCAUCACUGCAGUGUUUCUUUCCCGAGUAUUUCCUCCCGCUGCUGCACACCCCUCUCUUCAUCGGCAACACCCUCUAUGACUCCUGGCAGGUUUUCACCUUCACGUGCACGCCCCUCUCUUCAUCGGCAGUACCCCCUACGACUCCAAGCAGCAGACCCCCUCUUUAUCGGCAACAUCUUUUCUCCCUCCCUCUCUCCUUCCCUCCCUCCCUCCCUCCCUCCCUCCCUCCCUCCCUCCCUCCCUCCCUCCCUCCCUCCCUCCCUCCCUCCCUCCCUCCCUCCCUCCCUCCCUCCCUCCCUCCCUCCCUCCCUCCCUCCCUCCCUCCCUCCCUCCCUCCCUCCCUCCCUCCCUCCCUCCCUCCCUCCCUCCCUCCCUCCCUCCCUCCCUCCCUCCCUCCCUUCCCUCCCUCCCUCCCUCCCUCCCUCCCUCCCUCUCCUCCCUCCCUCCCUCCCUCCCUCCCUCCCUCCCUCCCUCCCUCCCUCCCUCCCUCCCUUCCCUCCCUCCCUCCCUCCCUCCCUUCCCUCCCUCCCUCCCUCCCUCCCUCCCUCCCUCCCUCCCUCCCUCCCUCCCUCCCUCCCUCCCUCCCUCCCUUCCCUCCCUUCCACACUUCCCUCCCUCCCUCCCUCCCUCCCUCCCUCCCUCCCUCCCUUCCCUCCUUCCCUCCCUCCCUCCCUCCCUCCCUCCCUCCCUCCCUCCCUCCCUCCCUCCCUCCCUCCCUCCCUCCCUCCCUCCCUCCCUCCCUCCCUCCCUCCCUCCCUCCCUCCCUCCCUCCCUCCCUCCCUUCCCUCCCUCGCUCUUACAAGUAG